AUGGAGUCCUCGCCGCCAAGGAGCAGUACAGCUGCUCCUGUGGCAGGUAUCAAGCGUCCGGCGGCCCUAUUGCCUGCUUUCGAGCCAUUGAGCUCGUCCCCGUCCCUGCCCCGACCACAGAAGCGUGUAGCACGCGAAGACCAUGGCAUCGUUUCCACCUAUCCCACUCCGGUCCCGACCUCGUCGACCCAUAUCAUGUCCUCCUCCCCUCCCCGAAUGGCUCUGCCGCGUCCGGCCUCUCGACGUACAUUUACUUCGACCUCGGAACGGACCCCUCUAUCUACCGUCCCCGAAUUGAUGCUGCCUGAGAGUGGUGAGCCGGUCUUGAUGGGGAGAUCCAGUGCCUCGUGUCAUCACCAACUUGCGGCCAACCGGAUGAUCUCAAGGGUCCAUGUCAAAGCCCGAUAUAAGCCCACCCCUAACCCAUUCGACCGUGAUACGGUGGAGAUUAUGUGCCUGGGUUGGAACGGAAUCAAGCUACACUGCCAGGGGAAAACCUACGACUUGGGCAAGGGCAAGACAUUCACCUCGGAUAUCAAGGACGCUGAUAUCAUGAUCGACGUCCACGAGGCUCGCGUGCUCGUCCAGUGGCCUCGGAAUGAUAAGAAGGACUAUACCUCCACAGAUUCAGAGCAGACCUGGGAAGAGGAAACCACGCCUAAACAACGCAAGGGACAAUCAAUUCGGAGUAUCCAUGACAGCCCUGCGGUCGAACGCCAACGCCUGGCAUCCCCAGUCUCCCCCUCGCCCGCUGUAAAGUCUCUGGUGCCGCCAUCCUCUCCUCUGUAUACCCCGACACGCUCGCGAAACGCUGUGGUCGUGUACGAAGACGAGGGCUCGCCUGUUCGUCGCCCCGUAUCUGCCGGGUCGUUGCUUGCCGAUGAUACCCAGACGUCUUCUUCCAGUGUGGAGGACCUCCUGCAGAGCUCACAGUCGAGUGAUCUGAGCGACCUGAGUAGACAUGACGACUUUUCGGAUCACGACGAGGAGAAUGACCCUAUCAUUCAUUCUUUUGGACCGUUCGGCGAGAACCUCCUGCCCCGGAUGGCUUCUUUCACAGCAGACGAGUCCCCACUGCAGCCUGCUCGUCCAAGCAAUCAGCUCUCGUCCCAGGGCCUUGAGCACGCCAAAUCCCCGAAACAAACAACCAAGACCGUAGAGUCCGCUGCCGAUGGCGAUAGUCAGGAGGAUACCACACCGGUCAAGCCACAGCCGCUUGAUGAAAGCGGUGAACGCGUUCAGAACCACGCUGUCAACCAGCUGGCUUUCUCCCGUCUCUCCUCGACGCCCUUCUCCACCAUCCUCAACAACCUUCCGCCGGCCCUGUGGAAACGGGACAGUCACUCGAGACAGGGACCCACGAGAGAAGAGAUCCGUGCGAUUCUGGAUACCACGAAGUGCAUUGGCAAAGUUGCCCGUGAAGGAAAGGAUGCCGCGGGGAAGGCUCUGGAGAGUGAAUACUACUAUAUCCCGGACUUUGAUGAGGACGAUAUGCGACGGGAGGCCGUUGUUCAUGAUCUCCGGAAACCCGGCCUCCGAAACUGCCGCAAGCAGCACAAGCAAUACUUCUGGCGCAAGCCAAAAUAA